AAUUAACAUUAGUGAUUAAUAUUGAAGUUUAAUCAGAAACUAUCAGAAAUAUAAACGCAAGUGAAUCUCCUAGAAAACUUAUGAUGACAGAAAUAGGGAAUAAAGGAAAAGCGGAAAUAUUUACUUAUGAGAAUCAUGACGAUUCAACAGAUAGUUCUGAAGACCCAGACAGUCAUCAAGAGCCGAAUUUCGGUUUAUUAUUUGAUAUUGACGGAGUACUUGGUCGUGGAUUAGAAGUUUUGCCUCAAGCAGCUGAAGCAUUCAAAUUAUUAUGUGAUCCUGAUAAAAAAGAACUGCGUGUUCCAGUUGCGUUAGUAACUAAUGGAUCUGGAGAUGCUGCAACAAAAGUACAAAUGGUUUCUAAAUGGUUCGGCAUAAAUAUACAUCCAGAUCAAGUUAUUCUAGCGCCUAGUCCAUUGUCAGUUUACAAGGAAUAUCAUGAUAAAUGUGUAUUGUUUAUUGGACAAGGGAAUAUUGUUAAAUUGGCAAAUGAUCUUGGAUUCACGAAUGUUGUAACACUAGAGGAUGUACAAGCUGCUUAUCCACUGUUAGAUAUGGUAGAUCAUGAACAUCGAAGACAUAUUAUUAAUAAUCCACCGAAACCAAAACCAAUGAAGAGAAUUGAAGCUAUAAUCUUAACUGGUGAACCAGCAAGAUGGGAGUCAAGUUUACAAUUAUUAGUUGAUUUAUUAAUGACUGAUGGUAAACCAGAUGAAGUACCAGAAACAUUUCCAGAAGAACAUUUACCAAUAAUUGCAUGUAAUAUGGAUUUAGUUUAUAUGGAUAAAGCUGCAUUGCCUAGAUUUGGUCAUGGUGCAUUUUUAAUUUGUUUACAAACAUUAUAUAAUCAAUUAACUGGUUAUAAAUUACGUUAUACGUCAUUAUUGGGUAAACCAAGUGAAAUAACUUUUCGAUUUGCUGAACAUAUACUUACUUUAACUUCAAAACGUAUGGGAUAUAAAAGACCGAUAGAUCGUUUAUUCUUUUUUGGUGAUAAUCCAGAUGUUGAUGUUUUGGGAUCGAAUCUGUACAAUAAUUUUUUACGUCGAUUUCGUCAUGUCUCCGGUGGUGAUAAAUCUCCAACGGAAGGACAUAGUCAAUAUAAAAAAGUGUCGGUAGCACAAUCACGUACUGUACCACCGGAUGCAGCGUUUCUUCCUCAAACUGCUAAAGGAAUUGAUUCUGUAUUAGUUAGAACUGGUGUAUACAAACCAACAGAUAGAACAAGAGUACAUUAUUGUCAUCGUGAUUUUCAAGGUGCAGCUGAUCUUGUUUUACCAACAUUUGAAGUUGAAGAUUGUCUUGAAGGUGUUCAAUUAAUUUUAAAUUUACAAAAAUUUCAUCCUGAUAAACAAAUAGCAAAAUAAAUAUAAUAACCGUUAUUGAAAAAUACAAAAAAAAACAAUGAACUGAACUCUUUGUCAAUCUAUUUGUUUAAAUGACUUUUUUUCUCAAAAUGUUAUUGUCAAUGUUUAAAUUUUCUGAAACAUAACUGAUUCUAGUUUGAAAUUUCUUGUUGCUAAGGGAUUAUUCC